CCGCUUCCGGCCUCGGCUCAGUUCUCCCGCCUCCGCCUCCGUCGCGGCUCGUGGUCAUCCCGCCAUGGCUCUGUCGCGGGGGCUCCCCCGAGAGCUGGCCGAGGCCGUGGCCAGGGGCCGGGUGCUGGUGGUGGGCGCGGGCGGCAUCGGCUGUGAGCUCCUCAAGAACCUCGUGAUCACCGGCUUCUCCCACAUCGACCUGAUUGAUCUGGAUACUAUUGAUGUCAGCAACCUCAACAGGCAGUUUUUGUUUCAAAAGAAACAUGUUGGAAGAUCAAAGGCCCAGGUUGCCAAAGAAAGUGUACUGCAGUUUUACCCGAAAGCUAAUAUCAUAGCCUACCAUGACAGCAUCAUGAACCCCGACUAUAAUGUGGAAUUUUUUCGACAAUUUAUAUUGGUUAUGAAUGCUUUAGAUAACAGAGCUGCCCGCAACCAUGUUAAUAGGAUGUGUCUGGCAGCUGACGUCCCUCUUAUUGAGAGUGGAACUGCUGGUUAUCUUGGGCAAGUAACUACUAUCAAAAAGGGUGUGACUGAAUGUUAUGAAUGUCAUCCGAAACCAACUCAGAGAACUUUUCCUGGCUGCACAAUUCGUAACACACCUUCAGAACCUAUUCAUUGCAUUGUUUGGGCAAAGUAUUUGUUCAACCAGCUGUUUGGGGAAGAAGAUGCUGAUCAAGAAGUAUCUCCUGACAGAGCUGACCCUGAAGCUUCCUGGGAACCAAUGGAAGCUGAAGCCAGAGUCAGAGCAUCAAAUGAAGAUGGUGACAUUAAGCGUAUUUCCACAAAGGAAUGGGCUAAAUCAACUGGAUAUGAUCCAGUUAAACUUUUUACCAAGCUUUUUAAAGAUGAUAUCAGGUAUCUGUUGACAAUGGACAAACUAUGGCGGAAAAGGAAACCUCCGGUUCCAUUGGACUGGGCUGAAGUACAGAGUCAAGGAGAGGAAAUCAAUGCAGCAGAUCAACAAAAUGAACCCCAGUUAGGUCUGAAAGACCAGCAAGUUCUAGAUGUAAAGAGCUAUGCACGUCUUUUUUCAAAGAGCAUUGAGACUUUGAGAGUUCAUUUAGCAGAAAAGGGGGAUGGAGCUGAGCUCAUUUGGGACAAGGAUGAUCCAUCUGCAAUGGAUUUUGUCACCUCUGCUGCAAAUCUCAGGAUGCAUAUUUUCAGUAUGAAUAUGAAGAGCAGAUUUGAUAUAAAAUCAAUGGCAGGGAACAUUAUUCCUGCUAUCGCGACUACUAAUGCGGUGAUUGCUGGGUUAAUAGUAUUGGAAGGAUUGAAGAUUUUAUCAGGAAAAAUAGACCAGUGUAGAACAAUCUUUUUGAAUAAACAACCAAACCCAAGGAAGAAGCUCCUUGUGCCUUGUGCACUGGAUCCUCCCAACCCUAAUUGUUACGUAUGUGCCAGCAAGCCAGAGGUGACUGUGCGCCUGAAUGUCCAUAAAGUGACCGUUCUCACAUUACAAGAUAAGAUUGUGAAAGAAAAAUUUGCUAUGGUAGCACCAGAUGUCCAAAUCGAGGAUGGGAAAGGAACAAUCCUAAUAUCUUCGGAAGAGGGAGAGACAGAAGCUAAUAAUCACAAGAAGUUGUCAGAAUUUGGAAUUAGAAAUGGGAGCCGGCUUCAAGCAGACGACUUUCUUCAGGACUACACUUUAUUGAUCAACAUCCUUCAUAGUGAAGACCUAGGAAAGGAUGUUGAAUUUGAAGUUGUUGGUGAUGCCCCAGAAAAAGUGGGGCCCAAACAAGCUGAAGAUGCUGCCAAAAGCAUAACCAAUGGCAGUGACGAUGGAGCUCAGCCUUCGACAUCCACAGCACAAGAGCAAGAUGAUGUGCUCAUAGUUGAUUCCGAUGAAGAAGGUCCUUCAAAUAAUGCUGACAUCAGUGAAGAGAGAAGUCGCAAGAGGAAAUUGGAUGAGAAAGAGAAUAUCAGUACAAAGAGGUCACGCACAGAACAGACAAGAGAGCUUGAUGAUAUUAUAGCAUUAGAUUGAACAGCAGUGCCUCCAGCAGAACCCUCUGACUGCAUGGAUCAUCCAAUGUCCUUUGUUCCAAAAGGAAAAAGUUGACCCCAGUGACUUGAAGAUGAUUCUGCUCCCUUUGAAAGCACUCACUUUGCUAGAACUAUCAGACACAUUGUGGAAUGCUGUAUGGAAAGUAGGAAUAUAGUUUAAAAACCCUCUGAGCAAAGCGUUUGCAUAACUAGUCAUGAGAAGAAACAACACAAUGCAUGUUGCCUUUUUAAUGUAAAUAUUCUUAGGUAUCAUUUAAUAGUUUAAAAUAUUGUGGUUUAGUAAAGUUGAUACCUGGUUAUAAAUAUUAUGCCUUUAUUUUUGGUUAGAAAAAGAAUUAUUUUUAGCCUAGAUCUAACCAUUUUCAUACUCUUAACUGAAACAGAUUUAAAAAAAGUAUCAAGUGCUGUAUUGAAACUUGUUUUUAAAUAUGAACUGGCACUAUGUAUAUUGAUGUAAAACAAUGUUAAUUUACUCAAGUUUUCAGCUUGUACUGCCUGGUAUGUCUGUGUAAGAAGCCAAUUUUUGUGUAUUGUUACAGUUUCAGGUUAUUUAUAUUUGAUGUUUUGUAAAACUCAAAUACAACUAUACUGUACUUAUGGACCAAAUAAAUGGCCUCUGCAUACUUGUUGUACAUGCCUGCACAGUAUCUGCUGCCUUGUUGGGUUUAUUCAUUGUAUUUUCUGCAGGAAUGCUAAAUCCUUUCCUUUUAAAAAAUUAAUUUGUGAUGGAUAUGAAGGUUAAAAGAUCUCCACUGUUUGCCAUAGAUGAGUACUUUCUAAAAUAAAGUUUUUAAUGGUG